AGACCCCAGUGCGAUACGGUUUCUAUUAAAGCUCUCUGAAGUUGUGAAUGGUCACCAGUCCUCUGGCAGUUGCAUGUGUGCCUGGAUCAUGCUUUAUGUCGGUGGGCCUGAACUUCGUCACUCAGCUGUUUUGGGUGGGGGAGAUAAAGGGGCACUGAUAUAAUGGCCCCGUUCUCUCUGCACGCACAUCCAUUGUGCUAACCCGCUUGGAAACGCUCCACCAUGGAGUGGCUUUUCAUUGCCGUGGCAACCUGUUUGCUAGCCCUCUGUCCUGUCAAAGGUGACGAGUGGAGGCUGGAAUAUGAGGAAGGACUUAGUCACUAUAGUGAGGAAGCGCUUAGAAAGGAGUUUCCUGAGAAGACCAGGCCAAUCAGUUUCAAACACCCACCUUUCAUGUGUCCUGACAUGAGCCCCUCCUCUUCUGUGCCCACCUCAGUUGAGCUGGUGAAGCCUGCGGAUAUUAAAGUGAUCGCUGCCCUUGGGGAUUCAUUGACGACAGCAAUUGGUGCAAACGCAACCACAGUUCUUGGCAUACCUAUUGAAUUUCGUCACGUGUCUUGGAGCAUUGGUGGCUAUGGAACCUUUCAAGAUGUCAUAACACUGGCAAACAUCAUUCGACUCUUCAACCCCCAUUUAGUGGGACCCGCCCCAACUAAGACGGUCCAUGGGACCCCGGCUCCCCUCUGCGAGACUGGAUUUAACCUGGCCGUAACAGGACACAACACCUUUAAUCUUCCUGAACAAGUCAGACGUUUGAUUGAUACACUGAAAACAUAUGAGGAUAUUGACUUUGAUGAGGACUGGAAACUGUUGACCAUUCUAAUUGGGAUGAAUGACAUCUGUGAUUACUGCAAAGACAAGUCCCUGUUUUCGGUGGAGAACUUUGUCCAUUACAUGACUGUGUCCUUGGAAAUGCUUAUGAAUGAGGUUCCUCGAAUGAUAGUGAACGUGGUCCAGAUACUGCCGAUGGAGACCCUGAGGGAAGUACAGAAGCCCACGCCAGGAUGUCUGCUCCAAAGAUCAUUCUGCUCCUGUCUGGUAAAGCCAGCUGCGGGAUCUGCUGAUCUGAAGGAGCUGGUUGGAGUCAACCUUGAAUUCCAGAAAGCACUGGAGCAGCUCUUGCACGCUGACCGCUUCUUUAAGAAUGACUUUGCCGUAGUUUUGCAGCCAUUCCUGAAACACGCAGAUCCUCCAAGACUCCCUAAUGGGAAGAUUGAUAUGAGCUUUUUUACUCCGGACUGUUUCCACUUCACCAUGAAAGGACAUGAGGAGUUAGCCAAGGGACUGUGGAACAACAUGUUUCAACCUGAGGGGGAGAAGUUCAUGGUGGAGAGCUUUUCAAACCCUAUUGAGCUCAUUUGCCCCCCAGUGAGUCAUCCGUACAUUUACACCAGACCCAGUGCUGCAAAGUCAGGCACAUCGCUUCCUGAGAUGCCCCAGUCAGCUGGCAUCAGACUAACUGUUCUCCACCUCAUCUUGGCUUUCCUUCCACUGUGGUUGGCUGUUAAUCUGGCCUCCUUGUAGGACAUCCAUAUGGAGUAUCAUGGUACAUCAUGUCUGCCCACCCGAUGUUCUACUUGGGCUUAAUAUCAUUGCUUUGAACCAUUGAGGAUCUAUUCUGAGACUUGUGCCACUGCAGGAUGGUCUAUGAUGAAACCGAUAACGAGGGAGUAAAAGAUAAACAAGUUAUCAAAAAUGAACAGGAAAUUGGAGUUGGCAAAAUAUGAAGACUUGGUUACAGUCAAUAUCAUAUUUAAUUGCUCUGUAGAGUUUAUGCAAUGGAAAUGGGAAUGUAGAAACCUCAGAAUAGAAAAAUAUAUGCUAAUGUGAUGACCUUUUCUGAUAUACCCAACCAAAAUAGCACAAGAGCAGGUGCAAAGCCACUUUUAGCUCGGUGUAAUGCUGCUAUAAUUAAUUUAGGUAUGAAAGGUAACUGUGUAAGCUAAUUCCGGAUGGUUUGAAUAAAAACGGCCAGAGGUUAUACCGUAAACUCAUUAAGCCUAGAAUUGAAUGUUGACUGAGAACAGCUGUUUUGCUUCUGAGAGCAUGGUGAAAAGUAAACUGUUUGAGAGCUUCUUAAUGUCCACAGUAAUAAGAUAAUUGCUUUGGAUGCUGCAACAUGAGAAGUGCUGUUGGUCUUCUCAAAUAAAGCUUUCAGAAGGGGUACUUACCUGUUUUCCUUCCAUUUUUUGUUUUUUUUCUUUUAAAGUCAAUUUUUAUUCAUUUUAAGAUAUGAUUUUUCUAUACAGCUGAAGGUUCUUCAUGGUUUGUUGAAUUAAUUCUUCUAUUACCAAUCAAUGAACCCAUCUUUAUAGUUGUAAUUAGCAGCUCCCGAAGGUUCUUGGAAACAACCAAACAAAUAAACAAGAAUCAUUUAAAUGAAUUAUAGCAAUGCAAUUAUAUUGGUGGUUUCUUCACAUUUAUGUAAUAAAUAUGUUCAUGUUUUGUCAGUCUGUUUGAUUGUGUCUGCAUUUGUCCAAACUUAGCUGAGUGCUGCAUAUUCAUUAGUAUUAUUAUCAUUCAAAGUGGAUGUGCUUUGACCCACUUUAUACCUCAAAACUGUCAGUGAAUUGCUAAUAUUAGCCUGUUUUUCUGUUUAAAAGCCUUUUUUAAAAUAAGUACACAAAGAAACUAACAUGCAGGCGUUUAUAUUUUUGCCACAGAAAGUAAUGUCUAUCAUUAAAUCACUUGGUUGUUUUUUUUCUAUCCCUGAGAUCACAAGAGUGAA